AUGGUGGUGGGCGAAACCAACGGAACCAGUGUCGCACAAAGCCACAGAGAAACUAUGAAGUCCAUGAUGGCAGAGGAGCGCUCAAGAGAGACAUGUGUCGGGACCUCUAACGGCAUGAUGAUCUCAGAGGUCCUUGUGCCUCGGUUACUCAAAAUUGCGCACGAGUCUGGAGUGUUGGCAAUGGCCGCGGGCUCUGGUCCCCUAGAAUUGAAGCCCUCGAGCUCCCCGAACCUCUUGGAGAUGGCGAACGGCACGCGUUGCGCGGAGCAGAUCCUCAGUUACGGAGAGGUGGAGAAAGUGCUGAUCGGCGGGGUGCUGACCAUGCUCACGCUCAUCACCAUCUGCGGGAACCUGUUGGUGGUCAUCUCCGUGUGUUUCGUGAAAAAGCUACGGCAGCCCUCCAACUAUCUCAUCGUGUCUCUCGCGCUCGCGGACCUCUCUGUUGCGCUCGCGGUGAUGCCGUUCGUCAGCAUCACGGACCUGAUCGGUGGCCGGUGGAUUUUUGGCAAGUUCUUCUGUAACGUGUUCAUAGCCAUGGACGUGAUGUGCUGCACCGCGUCUAUCAUGACACUUUGCGUCAUUAGUAUUGACAGGUACCUGGGCAUCACCAGACCCCUAACUUACCCAGUGAGGCAGAAUGGCUGGUGUAUGGCCAAAAUGGUGCUCUCCGUGUGGCUUCUGUCUGCUUCAAUCACCCUGCCACCGCUCUUUGGUUGGGCUCAGAAUGUGAACGAUGACCAGGUGUGUCUGAUCAGCCAGGACUUUGGCUACACCAUUUACUCCACGGCUGUUGCUUUUUACAUCCCCAUGACCGUCAUGCUGGUCAUGUAUUACCGCAUCUACCGUGCCGCCAAGCUCAGUGCUGCCAAACACACCAUCGCUGGCUUUCCUCGUGCUAGAGAGGAAGAGGAGGAUGAGCAGGAAUUGGGAGGCGGUAAUGGUAUGGAGGAAUCUGUGGGAGUUGAUUGCGUAACCGUGGCAAUCAAGCUUCAAAGGGAAGUGGAAGAGUGCACAAGACUACCUCGCAUCCUUCGGGGAGUGGACCGGAGGAGCAUCUCCAUAUUCAAACGGGAACAGAAGGCAGCGGCCACACUUGGGGUGGUGGUAGGAGCAUUCACCAUCUGCUGGCUGCCGUUUUUCCUCCUGUCUCUAUCCCGGCCCUUCGUCUGUGGAACAGAGUGUAGCUGUAUCCCAUUAUGGGUGGAGAGAACUCUGCUGUGGUUGGGCUAUGCCAAUUCACUUAUCAAUCCCUUCAUCUACGCUUUCUUUAACCGGGACCUGCGCACCACCUACCGAAGCCUGCUCAGCUGUCGUUACCGUAACAUUAAUCGUAGGCUGUCAGCCGCCGGCAUGCACGAGGCCCUUCGGCUGGUGGAAAGGCCAGAUGUGGUUGCCUCUGGGUGA